AGAGACUGUUCUGCAGCACCGCCGCAUGUGUUUGUCUCCCAGCAAGUGGAUUAUGAGGAGGUGUCUGCACGAAAUCCAAGUUAACAUCUUCUUUUUCUGACCGAGUGCUUUUCAGAGGACGCUUUUGAAAAUUUAAUCUGAACUUUGUGAGAAGAUGGAUAACAAGGAGGAAUCAAAGAGUUGUUCCGUCAGUGUGCUGACCUGGGAGCAGGUGAGCCGGCUGAAUGAAGUUCUGACGGAGGUUGUGCCCGUCCACGGACGGGGGAACUUCCCCACCCUCGAAGUGCGGCUGAAGGACAUCGUGGCCCGGGUGCGCUCCCGCCUGGAGCUCAGGGGCAUCCGAGUGAAGGACGUCCGGCUCAACGGCUCCACAGCCAGCCACGUGCUGGUGCAGGAUGUUGGCUGGAGCUACAAGGACCUGGACGUUAUCUUCAGGGUGGACAUGCCGCACGAGUCAGAGUACAGGCUCAUUAAGGACGUGGUGCUGGGAACCCUGCUGGACUUUCUGCCUGAGGGUGUAAACAAGGAGAAAAUCACAUCCAUGACUCUCAAAGAGGCUUACGUGCAGAAGCUGGUGAAAGUCAACACAGAGCAGGACCGCUGGAGUCUGAUCUCCCUUUCCAACAACAACGGGCGCAAUGUGGAGCUGAAGUUUGUAGACUCGAUACGCCGGCAGUUUGAGUUCAGUGUGGACUCCUUUCAGAUCGUGCUGGACUCCAUGCUCUCCUACUACGAGCUGGCACAGACGCCCAUGUCUCAGGCUUUCCACCCCACAGUGAGCGGGGAGAGUGUGUACGGGGACUUCAGCCUGGCGCUGGGCCACCUGCGGGACAAACUCAUCGCCACCAAGCGGCCCGAGGAGAUCCGCGGCGGCGGCCUGCUGAAAUACUGCAAUCUGCUGGUGAGGGACUUCCGUCCUGCCAGCGAGGAGGAGUUCAAGGCCCUGGAGCGCUACAUGUGCUCCCGCUUCUUCAUUGACUUCCCUGACAUUGGUGAGCAGCAGCGCAAGGUGGAGGCCUACCUGCAGAGCCACUUUGUGGGCGAGGAGAAGAGCAAGUACGACUACCUCAUGAUCCUGCGGCGCGUCGUCAACGAGAGCACGGUGUGCCUCAUGGGGCACGAGCGGAGGCAGACGCUGCACCUCAUCUCGCUGAUGGCCUUCAGAGUGCUGGCUGAGCAGAACGCUAUCCCUGACGCGUCCUGCGUCACCUGCUACUAUCAGCCGGCGCCCUACGUCCGAGACCACAACUUCAGCAACUACUAUGUGGCUAACCAGAACAUUCCAACAUGGCUGCCAUGUAACUGACAUAAAGUGGACGGACGUAAAAGAGGGAGACAAGAGAAGGACUUAAAAAAACCGAAAAAAAAAUAUUGAGGCAAUAAAUACAAAGUUCCUCUCAAGGCACAAUUAUAUUUAAGUGGACAGGUGUUUGCUUUGUUUUUGGAAUACUUUCUCAUUCCUCAUCUUCAGAGUUGUCUAGGUCAUUGAAUAGAAAGUGAUAUUUUUAAGUGUUUAGACUUUCUUUUUUUCUUUUUUCAUGUUUUGUGCCUUAACCUCCAGAUGUACGCCCCAAUCAUUUAAGUAUUGGCUAUGUUUUUGAAAAAGGGAUGAAAAUGAUGUUAUAGCCUAAAAUGUAUUUUUCUCCUGUGAUUUAGUAAAACAAAUGAUACAAAUGUGAAAGGCAGAAAAAAAUGUAAAAUAUUUAAAAAUAGUAUUAUUGGGGUAGGGGAUAUAUAUAUAUAUAUAUAUAUAUAUAUAUAUAUAUAUAUAAUAGGUGACGAGCCCCAAAAAAAUCAGAGCACCAGUGUUAUAAAUAUGUUUGAUUCACUGGGGAGGGGAAAAAAGGUGUUACACUAAUAACUUUGUUCACAUCAGAUAUGAAGAGGGAAGCGAGCGGAGUCCAUUUAUUUUUAAUUCAUUUAGACAUGUAAAUAUCUCUUGCAUACAUUUGUAGUCUCCCUGAUACGCCGACAGUGCCUGUGAUUUGUAAACAGUGCAGGAGAUGCAAAAAAAAUGUGUAUAUUUUUAUUUUCCACUGUGAAUUUCAGUGUAGGACGAGCUCCACUCCUCCCCCCCCCGUAUCCAGUUUACUCAGACCUGUACUUUGCAGUCGAGACGGGCUCCGAGUGGGACAGCUCGGGCCUCAGAAAGAUGGCUCCUGUGUGUCUGAGGAGUUUAUGUUCCUCUGUGUUUUUAAGUCUCUUCCAAAGCCUCACCAGUGACCUCCAGAUGUCAGUCUUAUGGCCAUUGUGGGAAGCUCUCUGACGGGAGGCCGGCCUCGCUGCCUGGAGCGAGGCCGGCUGGGAGACCCUUCCCUAAAAAGGAGCAGCACAUGGCGUCCCUCAAAACCAUCGCAGGCUCGACCGCGAACCUGAAACGGGAUCCUCCUCUGACGCAGCUCACUGACUGGCUCUCAAACUAUAAUUAUCCUCUUUUUCUUUUUUCCCCUGGGGGUGAUAUCUUCGGUGCUCUGCCACCUUACAUGUGUGGGGCGCUGAGUCACUUCCUGUCCUCUCUUUACCACGCAGUGUUUGAACCCCUUUUGUGGUCAUGGGAGCGCAGAGUGCAGCCGGUAUGUCGAGAGAGAAAUGCUCACGUCUGCCAGUGGGAUUCCUCUCCCCUUUGGGAGUUUGAGGAAUCCUGGAAGCUACUACCGGCCCCCCCCUCCCUGACAAAUGUGACGGAGGUGCAGGUCCUCAAACUUAUGAAUUACUAUUUCUAGCCAAGCUUGUUAUAGACGGUUAAUUAUGAGCUCUUGCGGUGCGGCUAGCAGAUUAGCUGUAACUUUCACAUGUGGUAUCUCCUCUUCACUUUCCUGCUACUACAGCAUCCAGGCUGGAGCGAGGGAGAGCUGCUGCUCUUAUGUAAGAGACAGCUGCUGUUUCCCAGAAGCUCCCCUCCUGCCUUUCUGCUGCUCGUUCCACAGAUAACCAGCAGCGCCUCUUAUCUGGCUGGCGCACGACUCCUGGCCGGUGAGAUGAAUUGUUGAGAGGGCGGUCAGCUCGCCCCCCCCCCCCCCCCCUCAGGUCACAACCCGGGUCAGGGCACGCUCUGCUGCUGAACUUUGGUAGGUGACCUGCCAUAGUCUUUUUUAACAACAAGUCAGGGGCCACACAUUGUCCGAGUUACAACCAGCAACUGCAGCGCUCAAGUGCCUUUGAGUCUUUGGAGAGUGAGUUAGGUUAUUUGUAAGGAGGGAAAGCAUUGUUCUAAGCCGUGUGCGAUGUGGAGGAUCCACGACAACAUCUUUGAUUACAAGAGAUUACAUCCUAUUCCAGUUGGGACAUUAAUUAUGGGUUGAGUUUUUGUUGUUUCAGUCCCAAACCAUUAUCUUCCUUGAAAGCCAUCCGUCUAGUCAUUCCUGUCAGUGUUUCUCUGUCUUUCCUACCAGUGUGGGCCUUGUUGUCACUGGCAGCCAUGUUGACCUCAGUCGUGCCUGAAUGCCUUUUUUUUAAAUCAAAUGUUUUGAUUUUCCAAACGGGCAUUAUAUUUCUACACCCUGCCGAUCAACUGUAGCUCCACCGGCCCUGAUGCAACUUGUCUUGUGUUCCUAUCCAAACCAGAGCAAUACCUGAAGUGCACUGAGCCAGACUUUUGGCCCAGCAGCUGGAGGUCCCCCAGCAGAGACCCUCACUGACAGAAGCACUUUAUAGAGGCCUUGUUUUACUCCAGCCACCGGAGAGGAAUGUAAAUAAGCUAAUGUGGUGGAUUUGCUGGAUGGAGUUGAGCUGGUUCUCAGGGACAUAUCAUGUGUUUUUGAGGGCUUUGUUUUGUCCCUUUUUAUUUUGGAAGGGUGAAUAGGUUUCAUCUGCCUUACAUAUUGAGGCAUCCCCUUCUAACACUUAAUGCGUGUCUUCUUCUCUGUGAUAAUUGUGCCAGCAAGUUAGAGUAGAUCAUGCCUGAAAGUUGAGGUAGCAGACUUUAGCGUUCAGCGUUGGCUUUUGUUCUUAUCUCUCAGCGGGUCGUCGCCUCUUUGUUUAGUGCCAACAGCUGGAUUCAUCACCACACUCUUAACAUAAUCUGUGACUUGUUUCAAAGCCAAAAAACAUUGAUUUGGUGCUUUAAAAAACCCCGUCUUUGCAUCACGUAAUCUCAAUCAUUCCCCAGUUUGUGUAUCCCCUCUGAGAGAUGAUAGAUUAAAGCUCGGAGCCACACGCGGCAGGUUAAAGUCUGUCUGAGCGACGAGUGGUCCCUUUUUGGGGGCUUUUUGUUGACAUCGCUCACUAUAAUCAGUUUGAGCGAUGUCAAAGAAAAUGCAACGUGCGUUUUCUAGACAAUCGAUGGUGAACGCAGCCUGGAAUGUAAAUACUCGUGCGUUUUUCUGAUGACUAAAAAAUGUGUGCCUGUUUAAUGAAAGCUUUACCUUCCCCCCCCUCCCCCACUAGAGGAGAGCGGGGGUGCAGCAGCUCGCGUUGAAUCAUUUCCUUCAUCAGGGUGGAUGUGUCUGUGUGUGAACUUUUUGUCAAGGACGAUGUGGAGAAAAAAGAGGGUGGAUUAUUUCCCCCUUUUUUUGUUCGCACACCUUCUAUUUUCUGCUGUAAACUACGUAUGAAUCCUCUGCCUCCCCCCCCCCCCCCCGCCUCUGAUUGUCCCACUUGUUUGGGGCUUUGUUUAUUAGUACAGCGUGUAUUUAUUUAUUACGCCUGUCGAUGUGUUUUUUGCGCUGGGGGGUGCAGAGAAAGCUGUGGGUUGUAUGUGUAGUGGUUCUGUGUGUCUAAAGUCUUACACCAUAGGAAUGUGAUGGAGACUUUCUUACACUUCCUUUAUGAAGUGUUGUGAAUAUUACUGCAGCAGAUUUGUGUUUACGUUAAUGCGUGGAGGUGUGUGUGUGUGCUUGUCUGCAUGUGUGUAUGAAGAAGUAGCUAUAAAAGUAAAAAAAAAAAAAAGUGGGAAGAAAUUUGUCGCACUAUAUAUUUUUGAAAUAGUUAAUGCAAAAGAGCUUUUGUCAGCUUCGUGAUUGUGACGACGAGUUGAUGGUUACAACCAUUAUACUAUUUCAUUUUUCAGGACUUUUACCUCACUUCAGUUUUUCCUUUUGAAUGGAAAUGUACAUCAGGAAAUGUGUUUGAAGAGGAAAUGAUGAAUAAAAGAGUAUUAAAUGCAA